AUGGGAGGAAUGGGAGGAGGCGGGAUGGGAGGAAUGGGAGGAGGUAUGGGAGGAAUAGGUGGAGGCGGGAUGGGGGGAAUGGGAGGAGGGAUGGGAGGGAUGGGAGGAUUAGGUGGAGGAGGGAUGGGGGGAAUGGGAGGAGGAAUGGGGGGAAUGGGAGGAGGAAUGGGGGGAAUGGGAGGAGGAAUGGGCAGUGGAGGAAUAGGGUCAAGAGCUGGUGAGCCUUACCGCCUGGCCACUCAUGAAGCUCCUACCUCUCCUAGACAUAUGCAGUCCAGCCAGGCCUCUGGAAUGGGGCAGGGCCCAGGGUCUGGUCAAGGGAUGGGUCACGGUCCAGCUGGGUCUAGCAUGGGGGGUCAUGGAGGUCAAAGUCCCGGUCAACAUGCCUCUCGCCGAAACCUCCAAGUUGACUUCAGUGGUUCCGGCGGCUCCAGGACAGGUCGGUCUCCUUCUUUGUCUCCUGACCGUGGUGUGACACCCACCUCACCAUACUCAGUGCCACAGAUAGCACCCAUGCCGAGCAGCAAGCUGUGCCCAGUGUGCACCACCACAGAGCUGUCCAACCCACCGGCUGUACCCAACUACAACACCUGCACCCAGUGCAAGGCCACUGUCUGCAACCAGUGUGGAUUCAACCCCAACCCCCACCUCACUGAGGUCCAGGAAUGGCUGUGUCUGAAUUGUCAGAUGCAGAGAGCUCUCGGCAUUGAUAUGACCACGCCUCGUUCUAAGAGCCAACAGCAGAUUCACUCUCCGUCCCACCAAGCCAAGCCCAUUGUCCAGCCUCAGCAGCCUGCGCCUCAGCCAACACAGCCGACAGCAGCAGCGCAGCCAAAAUCUUUGGCACAGAGUCAGCCCACCCAGCGGCAGCAGCAGCAACAACAACCUCAGUCUCAGCCCUACAGCCAGACUCAGCCCUACUCCCAGUCGCAGCAGUAUCCACAGUCUCAGCAGCAGUCAUAUGCUUCAUCACAGCUAGGGUCCCAGACUCAGUCUUAUACAUCCCCUGGCUUACAGAGACAUCCAGGCCCUGGUGGCUCCCAGUCUCAUACAGGGCCUUCUCAGCAGGGCAUGAGAUCUGAUCCAUACUCCCAGACCGGUCCUGGAGCUCCAGGAACUAUUAGAGGUCCCACAGGAGGCUUUAGCCAACCAGGGGGUCCUCGGAUUCCUCACCCUGGUGCAGUACCCCUCCCUGGUUUGACCAAGGCACCUUCCCAACCAGAUUUGGGUCGUGGUUCCCCAAUGCAUCAAUCUAUGGCACGCCACGACCAGACCAGAAGUGCUGGAUCCUCCCCAGCCCACAGACCUCAGAGUCAGGCCCCUCCUGCCCAGGAUGGCCUGACCAAACUGUUUGGCUUUGGGGCAUCACUGCUUAAUCAGGCUAGUACCUUGAUCAAUGUUGACCCGCUACCUACCACCUCCACCCAGCCAAGCCCCGCACGAGGCAAGGUGGUGUUCAGUAAUGCAACACCUGACAACAGGCAGCAACAACAAGGGACCACCAGUACUAAACCAUUCACUAUGGGGGGCCCUCAUGCUCCAAGCCAAAUGGGUGGUCCUAAUGUUCAAAGUCAAAUGGGAGGUCCUUAUGCUCCAAGCCAAAUGGGGGGUCCUCAUGCACCGAGCCAAAUGGGAGGUCUUCAUGCACCAAGCCAAAUGGGUGGUCCUAUGGGUGGACCCCAUAUGCCAACCCAGAAGCAACAGCAGCAGACCAUGCCCCAACAACAAGAAAUGCAGAAGCAGUCACCUGCUCAUCAACAGAAAGGACAGCAAGGACAAAAAACACAGCCACAAGGACAGCAACAGCAGAAAACACCUACUCAUCAGCAGAAAGUGCAGCAGAAGCAGGAGCCUGUGGCAGCAGCACCUGCGGUUGCUCCAGAGCCUGUGAAACCCAAAGUGAACUGUCCUCUUUGUAAAACAGAGCUGAACAUCGGUAGCUCCGACCCACCUAACUACAAUACAUGCACGCAGUGUCACAGCCAAGUGUGUAACUUGUGCGGCUUCAACCCAACACCACAUCUGGUGGAGAAAAAAGAGUGGUUAUGUCUCAACUGCCAGACGCAGCGGCUGAUGUCUGGCGAAGGUCUUGAUGAGCCUCCACUUCCUGUUCCUCAUCCGUCUCCCAAGCACCAACCCACGGGCUCGCCUCGACACCAGACACCAAUCAGUCAGCAAAGUCCCCUCCACAAACCUACCACCCAGCAAGGGUCCAAGCCAGGCCAGCCCCAAACACAGAGCCAGAAGCCACAGGCGGGAAGUGUCGUUAGCAGCCCGUUUGCACCUGCAGCUGCCAAACAGCCAACUGAGACCAAGACUACAGCACCAUCCACGACACCAGUAACAACCACUGAGAUCGAGAAACAGCCAAAACCAUCAGAGGAAAAGCUCAAGACUGAGCCCGAGAACCAAACUUCCAAAGAGACCAAGCCCUCCCAGAAGAAAGGAGAGCAGAUCACACCGAUCAAGGACAUUAAGAAGUCCAGGCACUAUGAUGAUACAAAAAACAACAGCACCCACGACUUGUCACGCAGCCCUCAGAGUCUCAGUGACACUGGCUACUCAUCUGAUGGCAUCUCCAGCUCCCACAGUGAAAUCACAGGUCUAAUCCAGGAAGAAGAGAUGAAGCUGAGUGAAAGGGGAAUCAGUGGCCGGGGCUCCCCACCAAGUCCCUCUGAAAUCACCAAGCUGGAAAGCUCCAUGAGGCCAUUACUAGAGAAGAGCUUCUCUGAAGAGAAGGCAGACAGAAGGGGGAGGAAGCACAGAGACAGAGAUUUGGAUGACAGAGGGAAGCAACGCCCACGUUCUCUGUCAAUCCCGCCAGAUGCAUAUGACUCUGAUGAGGAGCUGGAAGAUAUACUUGAGGAAGAAGAAGAUGGGGGAGACUGGGAGGGUAAGCGAAAGGAAGGGAAAGAGGAGAAGAAGGAGAAGAAAAAGAAAGAAAAGGAAGCUGAGCCCACAGAGAUGACCGAUGAGGAGUUCAUGAGGAGACAAAUAAUGGAGAUGAGUGCUGAUGAAGACAAUGAGGAGGAGGAGGAAGAGAUGGAGGAAGAUGAUGAUGAGGAAGACGAAGGAUAUGGCUACCAGAAACCCAAAAAAAGCCACCAUAAGCACAUAAUCUCUGACUCAGGGAAAGAAAAGAGACGCCUUCAGCACCAUUCCAGUAGUUUUGAGGAGGAGACUAAGAGCUCUACUGAUGUCUAUAAAGGCUCAGUAGAAGAGGGUGAGGAAGAUGUGAUGGCAUCGCAAGGAGGUCUGAGGCGCUUCAAAACAAUUGAACUCAAUAACACUAAUAGCUACAGUCGAGACAUUGAGCUGAGCAAUGAAAACGACUUAAGCCUUGAUCGGGAACCAGAGCUAGAGAUGGAGAGUCUGACAGGAUCUCCUGAGGAACGUUCUCGUGGUGACUACUCUUCUACUCUGCCACCCACUUCAUCCUCAUAUGGCUCUGGACAAUCUCCUACGUCCAUCUCAUCAAUGGAGGAAGAUAGUGACAGUAGCCCCAGUAGGAGGCAAAGACUGGAGGAGGCUAAGCAGCAGAGGAAAGCACGCCACCGCUCUCAUGGCCCUCUCCUUCCUACCAUUGAAGAUUCUUCAGAAGAGGAUGAACUCAGAGAGGAGGAGGAACUUCUGAGAGAACAGGAAAAGAUGAGAGAAGUGGAACAGCAAAGAAUUAGAAGUACAGCAAGAAAGACCAAGAGAGAUAAAGAGGAGCUGAGGGCUCAGAGGCGCAGAGAAAGAUCCAAGACCCCUCCUAGCAAUCUGUCACCUAUUGAGGAUGCGUCUCCAACAGAAGAGCUAAGACAAGCAGCAGAAAUGGAAGAGCUUCAUCGUUCCUCUGCUUCUGAAUAUUCGCCUCAAAGUCUUGAUUCAGAGGCAGAGGGAUAUGAGUCCAAACUUUACAAGUCAGGAAGUGAGUAUAAUCUGCCAACCUUCAUGUCACUCUAUUCCCCGAUAGAGAAAACAACUGCAACCACCACUACAGCACCAUCUUCAACUUCCAAACCUCUGAAGAGUGCUGAGGAGGUCUAUGAGGAGAUGAUGAGAAAGGCAGAAAUGCUUCAAAAGCAGCAGAAACAACAACAGCAACAACAGCAACAUGGAAGACAUGGGCAGUACUAUGAGGAGGACAUUAAUGGGCAAAGUUAUGAUGAUGAGUAUGAAUAUGAGCAAGAUCAAACAGGAUAUGACAAUGAGGCAGCAGAGACAGAAACUGAUAUUUAUGAGGAGAUUAGACAAACAUCUCAGAACAUUACCAAGAUGCAACAGGCCACAGAUGAGCAAGUAGAGAUUGAAAUUGAGAGCUCUUACCCAGAUAAACAGCUCUUAGAUACAGGCUCAGCCUUUGCUAAGCUACUAGAGCAAAGUAAUGCUCUCCUUACACCAGGUACCAGUCCCACCCAGAUCUCAGCUCCUGUGUCCUUUGCUGAGACUGCAGGGCGAAUCCCUGAUGUCAGAGUAACCCAGCACUAUUCUGCAAAGGAUGGACACAAAGAUAGACUCAAAACCCAAGCAGGAAAGAAUGGAAUAACUCCAACAGUGGCAGCAACCACUAUUGCAGCAUAUGGUGUUUAUGCUAGAGAUGCAGUAACUAUUUCUCAGACUGGUCCAAGCCACACUGUUACAUCCACUCAGUCUGAAAUAGGUCGCAGGCAUACGGGUAGUACAUCCGCAUCUUCAGCUACAGUCUCAAGCGUAUGCAGCAAGAUUGCAGAGAUUACCCAAGCCUACAGUCAAAGAGAAGUCAUUACCAGAAGGGUAGGGGAGACCAGGGGGAUCCAAGUGCGAGACAGCUCAACAUCUUCUAUAGAGAGAAUUAUUGAGCCCCGUUCUCCCAAGUAUACUACUUAUUACAGAAGCACCAGUCCUCCUCUUUCACCAUCACCACCACCACCGCAGAGUCCCACUCGCUCUCCUUCAAGAAGAGCUACAGCGGAGUUCUCUACACAGACUUUCAGUUCAGCAUUGCGAAUGGAGUCAGCAGGCUCUGGUCCUACUUCACCAGUAAUGGCUCAGGGAACCCAAACAUCACAUCGAUCAGUUUCCCCUAGGCUCUAUCGACAGCAAUCCUCUCAGGAUGCCCCAUACUCCCCUCCUUCAAGCCCAGCUAGGCCAACGACAGUCAAUACUGCAACUUCCCCGUUGUCUUCUCCUACCCGAUUUAGCCGCCAAUCAACAUUUGAUACUUACUCUCCAUGUGGCAGCCCUCCAGACACACCGCCUUACCACCACUCUCCCACACGGAGCUUUUAUCGUACGCAAAGAGUGGAGAAAGUAAAUGUCGGAACAAGCAUGGUCACCACAGCCAGCAUAUACACCAGAGGGUCUCUUUCAAUGGAUAAUAUCUCCCUCUGUAGGAUAUCCACAGUCCCAGGGACUUCGAGGGUAGAGCAGGGCCAUAUGAUUCAUGGUGGAAGUGUUGUGGACCUUAGAACAGCUACCAAACCAGCUCCUAUUAUUAUGACUGACCAAGGAAUGGAUCUCACCUCCUUAGCCACAGAAAGCAGAAAAUAUCAUGGUGGACCAGAGGGUAGCAGACAUUCAACGAUUGUACAGCCACUGAUUAUGAACUUGAACACACAGGAAACCACCACACCAACCACUGUAAGUGUCACCGUAGCUGCUUCAAUGUUCAUGACCCAGCCAAAACAACCAACAGUUUAUGGUGAUCCACAUCAAAACCGAGUGGAUCUGGGACAAGGCAUGGGUUCAGCAGUUUGUCUCUCCCAGAAUAAACCAGUUUCACCUCCAACUGACCCAUCAAUACCAAAAAUUGAUGCCAAACUGGAAGACCUCAGUAUACAACAGAGAGAGCUUCAAAAACAACAAGAGAAGCUGCAGAAACAACAAGAGCUCCUGGAACAACAGUUGCAACAGCACCAUCAGAUGCAACAACAGCAGCAACAGGCAUCUGUUUUAGCCAGGUACAACCUUACUGGCCCAAUCUCACCUUUACUGAAAAAAGAUUUGCUCGUCAGUCAGACAACCACUGCUUCAGCUGUGGUCAGUGCUGUAUCACCAAUCAUUAACCCUGAACUGUAUGGCGCUGGUCCAGUUGAACUCAAGGGAAAGCCCAGUCCUCCUGGUUUGAUGUCAGGGGGUAAAUCACCACAUAGUAUGGUUGUACAAAUGGAUGGGGGGCCAGACCCAGCCAGGGCUGUGACACAGCUCGUCAAGGUAGAAGAAGGACAGGAUGCUGUAGAUCUGACAGGAGGUCAAAUUAAGCCUGACAAUCAACCAGCUUGCUGUGAUGUUGUUUAUCGACUUCCAUUUGGUGGAACCUGUGUUGGUGCUCCUGAGAAAGAAGGCAUAAGGCCUCCAUCUGCCCCACCUCUCACCUAUGAGUCUGACCAAGAAAGACAACCUGGAAGGUACCAUGAGUAUCCAAUGGAUGGGCGUAAGGCCUACACGUUACCUUUUCCUGGUAGGCUCCAGCCUUCAAUGUCUGAUACAAACCUUGCUGAAGCUGGGUUACAGUCUUACCAUUCUAAACUGGAACCACAUCUCCAAGCUUCAGGAGAACUUGCCAUGGAUUUAACUGCUAUGAAACAGGGCUAUGGAGGAUAUGUGGGGAUGCAGUAUGGUUCCUAUACAGAUUUACGGCAUGGAGGAGACAUUGCAGCACAAACACUGCCUAUCAGAAGAUACAAUUCCUUGUCCAACAUCAGUUCAGAUUAUGGCUAUUCUGCGCGUGACAUUGCUAACUUCCAAGAGGCUAACUUGGCUCAGUAUAGUGCCACAACUGCAAGGGAGAUUAGCAGAAUGUGUGCAGCACUCAAUUCCAUGGAUCGCUAUGGAAGCAACCCAGACUUGAUGCAGUUUGGCAGUUUGAGCAGAGGUACUGGGCCCGUGGCCUCCAGACUUGCAGCUGGUCUUGGCAUUAGGCAAAACCUUCUCUUUGGAUUAGAUGGGAAGCCAAUCUCUCACAGUCAAGCACUAACUAAUCUUAUCAAUGCCAGGCAGGCAAGUCUAAGAGCCAUGUACCCCGCUGCUAUUAGAUCCUCAGAUGGGAUGAUCUACUCAACUAUUCAAACCCCCAUUGCUUCUACACUUCCCAUCACAACCCAACCUGCCUCUGUUCUUCGACCACUAAUAAGAGGAGUCUACAGGCCAUACCUCUCUGCCAACAUGACACCAGUGCCCCUAUCUAGUCUUAGCAGGCUACCAAUGAGCCCCAGAAUGCCCUUAUCUGGACAAGCUGCAGUCCGUUAUCCAGCACCAGGCCUUCUCCAAACAACAUCAGCCACUGACAUAAGUGCUGCUGCCACAACAACCUCAGCAACUGCAGGGGCCCUAGUGGGUGUUCCCAUGACAACUAGCUCAGUGGUCCAGGAUGAACCAGUUUACCUUGGCAAAGGUGCGACAGUGUCCUCUUCAUCAGCAGAGGUCACCUCGGUGCAAGGAACAGUUGUCAUACCAGCUGAUCAGCAGCAGCAGCCAAUAAACCUGUCCCAGGCACACCUGAGUAGCCAACAACAGAAACAAGUAACAACUGUUCAGCAGCCACAACAGCCUGCCCCUGCUGCACAUGCUUACCCACUUUCAGGUCCUGCACAAACACAUGGUUACACCCAACCUCCAGCAGUUCUAUCUGCCCCUGCUGCUGGCUUACCAAUUCCAGGUGGUCUUCCUCCUUUCCCUCCACCAGGUGCCAUACACAAAGAGGGUGAAACUGAGGCAGAGAGACUGCACCGCCAGCAGGAGCAGCUUCUGCAGAUGGAGAGAGAGCGGGUGGAGCUGGAGAAACUCAGGCAAUUGCGCCUGCAAGAAGAGCUGGAAAGGGAAAGGUUAGAGCUGAAGUUGCACAGGGAGAAGGAGCAGAUCCUGGUGCAGAGAGAGUUACAGGAGCUGCAGAACAUCAAGGAACAGGUUCUGCAGCAGCAACAGCAAGAACGUGAGAAACAACUUGUUCUACAGCGGGAGCAGCUGGCUCAGCAGAAGUCCCAGCUAGAUCAGAUCCAGUCUUUACAGCAGCAGCUCCAGCAGCAGCUUGAAGAGCAGAAGAGACAGAAAACAGCUGCUGUCACCCAGAUCAUGCAGCUGGAUGGACAGCCGCUUCACCCCUACGCAGACUCUCAUAUGGGCUCCCGUUCUCUGCCCAACUCCUCGUCAGAGAUGUGCCUGAGGAGCCAGGAGGAGCAAAUGGAGGCCAGGACCAACAUGAGAAAACACAGCUCCAUGAGCAGACUGAGUAGAGAUAGCUUGGAUGGAGAUGGCGUGGUGUUCUACGGCUCCCCCCGCAGGAUUGUGGAUAGCUGUGUGCAGACUGACGAUGAAGACGGAGAGGAGAGGUACAUGAUGCGUCAUCGCACCAGGAGGCGUGGUCGCAGGGUUGACUGCUCUGUCCAGACAGAUGAUGACGAGGACAAGGCUGAGACAGAGCAUCCGGUCCGCCGAAGGCGCUCGCGUUUCUCAAGGCACUCUGAGUCCAGUGCAGCUGGCAGCAGCACUGCCACUACAGCCACCUUAGCUACUGAUACCAAAACUGACAAAACUAAGAUGGUUUCCUCCAAUAUUGGCGUUCAGACAAUCAGGGAAAUGUCUUGCCAGACGGAAGUGGAGCACCUAGGAAGAGUCUCCCCAGCAAUCCAUGUGACAGUACCAGACCCUAAUAAAGUAGAGAUUGUGCACUAUAUCUCUGGACCAGAGCGAACCCAAAAAGGACAAUCUCUAGCUUGCCAGACUGAUCCAGAAGCCCAGUCACAGGGAGUUGUAGCUCCACAGCUAAGCGUACCAACCACAGUCAGUCCAUAUUCGUCCUCUGCCAGUACUGGCACACAACAGUCUGGUUCUGACCUUCUCACCCAGCAACGCCAGCAGCAGAUUGCCGCAAAUGCUGCCAAAUUUGAGCGCCGACGCCCUGACCCACUCGACAUUAAUUACCAGCCUCACAACCAUCUCCACAAUGAAUCGAUCUCCAGCAUCAUUCGCCAGCAGCAAACAGCUCCCAAAUCUCCACAAGUCCUCUACUCUCCGGUCUCUCCGGUGUCCCCUCACCGCCUCAUAGAGACUUCUCUGUCAAGCGAGCGACUGAACAAGGCCCACGUAACACCUCAGCAGAAGUCCUACACAGCCGAAUCUCCCCAGCGACACCCCUCUGUGCCCCGACCCAUCAAGAGCACUCAGAGGUCAAUGUCAGAUCCCAAGCCUCUAAGCCCCACCACAGAUGAGCACACGAAGGCCAGGUUGUCCCUGUAUCAACAGCAAGCACUCCAGAACCAGCUGGCAGCCCUACAGCAGAGCUCACUGCUCCGCAAGGUCAAGCGAACCCUGCCCAGCCCUCCUCCAGAUGAGACUGCUACAUCAGCUCACCUGCCCAUGAUGACACCAGCCCUCCAACAGGUCUACCUGCCCUCCGUGCCCAGCCUCAAGCCCAGCUCCAGGUCUGGCCUGGCUGCGAAAGCCAGCCUCCUCAAAGACCUCACCCAUGAGCUCAAGGCCGUGGAGCAAGAGUCAACCAAGCUGAGAAAGCAGCAAGCUGAACUAGAGGAAGAAGAGAAAGAAAUUGAUGCUAAGCUGAGAUACCUUGAGCUGGGGAUCCACCAAAGGAAGGAGACAUUGGUCAAGGAGAGGGAGAGAAGGGAUAUUGCUUACCUGAGGUGUAUGGGGGACACCAGGGACUAUAUGUCUGAUAGUGAGUUGAAUAACUUACGUUUAGCAGCUGCAGCUGCGUCACAUGAGAGUAAUGGGCUACUAACAACCAGACCAAGCACCGCCCCUCUCAGCCAGUUCACCAGUGACCUCAACACCGCAGCCCAAUAUCCACCCACUUCAUCCUUCCUUUCUUGUCAGUACCCCCAAAGCCAACCAGCAGCUCCAUCUCAGCAACCAAGUGUACCAUACCAGUCUGCAACAUUCAACCAGCCUCCCUACCCAACAGUGUCACAGUCACAGGCACUGCCACAACCCACUCCCCUUCAAACCCAUGCUCCCCCUCCUGGACCUACCUAUCAACCUCAAACCUCAUAUCCUUCUCACACCUACCCCCAAACUCAGCCCCCAUACCCCCAGACAGACAUGGGGUUACCAGCUGCACCUCAGCCUCAGCCUCAGCCAGGGCAUACAGGUUUUGGGCCAGCACCACCCGGCCAGCCACCAUACCCCACCCACAGCUCACCCUAUCCCAGCGCUGUGUCCUCCUACCCCAGCCAGACCACACCAUACCCUGGUCAGCCCCAAGCUGAUAUCCUCACAGUUCAUCCAGGAAGACCGAGGCAGACUUCAUUGGCCGAUCUAGAGCACAAGAUGCCCACCAACUAUGAGACUAUUAGCAACCCUACUGUUGUGGUUACCACUACGGCUCAGGAUGCUACCUAUUCCAGUGCAGCCCCAUCCUAUGCUCAGUACACUGGAGCAACAACCAUGGCAAGCUCGUAUGGGCCCUAUGGGUCAGCACCAGUGUCCAGCAGCUACGGUGGGUACUCAACAAUGCCCCCCAGUACAUAUGGCCAAUAUACUUCCACUACCGCAAGUUCAUAUGGCCAGUAUACCACAACUACUGCUAAUACUUAUGGCUACACCACCACCACAGCCAGCUCAUAUGGACAGUAUACUUCCACUGUGUCCAAUGCCUAUGGGCACUCUGUAGACAGUCCUUCCACCUACAGCACAGCAGAUGGGAUGUAUGGGGCUCCUGGUUUAGAGCAAAACAUUCCGAGGAACUACAUGAUGAUAGAUGAUGUUAGCGAGCUGACGGCAAAAGAUGGGCUGGGCACGAUGACAGGGGACAUGAUGCAUCAUGGCGGAAGUGGGCGUUACCCGGGCGACAUCCACAGCCACAGCAGCACCACUGGCACGACGCGUGGGGGAACUGGCAGCUCCCCUUAUGGCAGGGCACCCGAGGAGGAAGCAGCGAUGCAGGAAGAGCUGUACGACCACCAUGGCAGGGGUAAGAGCAGCUACAGGCACGGACCUCUAGGGGGCAGCAGCAGCAGCGCUAGCAUGGGUGGGGGAUCCCCCUAUUUCUAUGACUACGACUACAAACAUGGCAGCAUCCGCUCUGGGGUACAGAAACCUUCACCGUCCUCCAGAACCCUUCUGGCUCCUGCUGUCAUGUCAUCCAAGCGCAGCAAGCACAGGAAGCUGGGGAGUAUGGAGCAAAAAAUCUCCAAGUUUUCCCCGAUUGAGGAGGCACGGGAUGUGGAGGCAGACCUGGCCUCCUAUUCCUCAGUGACAGGUGCGGCUUACCCCUCCUCUCACGUUCGAGGACGCCAGCUGAUCGAGGAUUAUGGUUUUAAGAGGAGUGCUUACGACAGUGGCAGUGGCACCACUCAUGGUAGUCGAUACUAUGGUAUGACGGUGGAUGAGGACGAUCGAAUUUACUACACCUCCACUGGCCGUUCCCGCUCCACUGGCUACGGCAUGGACAAGAUCUCAGCCAGGGACUACUCCGGGUAUCGCAGCCGAUCCUAUGAGAGGGACGACCGCUCCUAUCGAUCUGGCUACAGGGGGCGCCAUCCAACCCGACAAUACUCUGAAGAGGAGAGUCCCCUGAGUCCUUUGGGGAGGUUCAUGGGUUCUGGGCGAUCGUCAAGUUUAGGUCCCGACCCGUAUGACAGUCACAGCGGUAGAUAUAAAUACUAUUAUGGCCAUUAUGGUUCCAGUCACUCGCUGCCAGAUGUUCAAGACCACAUAAGGGACCUUCCCCGGACACACGUCUACAAAUCGGAUGAUACAUACUUUAUAGACGAUUAUCAUUGCGCUGUGUCAGACAGCGAAGCCUGCAUGCCGCUGUCUCCAAACGACAUGGAGAUUGACUGUGAUCUGCUCUCGGUUUCCAAAGCCUACCAUCUGGGCCAAGAAGAAACCGACUGGUUUGAGAAGCCACGCUCCAGUUCUCGUCACUACGGUAGCAGCCACUCUGGGAGGAGCCGGCACAGUGUCAAACACACCUACCAUGAUUAUGAUGAGCCUCCUGAGGAGGACCUGUGGCCCCAAGAUGAGUAUGGCCACACAGGGCGACACUCAUCAUCUCGCGACCACAGACACCAUGGCAGUUCUAGCCGCCAUUCUUCCUCCUCACGUCAUUCAGAUGAGCCUAGGUCCUCAAGAUCCUCUAAGGGGCACCCCAAAGACCCAUCUAUGCGCCAUGAUCCCUCAGGAAGAUCUUCAUCUUCAGGAAGACGUGUUGACUCAAGAUCCGGUGGGUACCACUCUUCCGACUACUCCCGCGACUCAUCUGGGCAUCAUCAUGGCCAGCGUUCCUCCAGACAGGGCGACCCACACAGGUCUUCACGUAGCAAGUCCCAGGGUCCAGUGGAUAUGCAGGGGCAGCCACCAGGUUCCUCAAGGUCUGGCAGUGGCUCUGCUAGGGCUCAGGGAUCUGCUGGUGGGCCUACGGGAUCAGGACGGCAAGGUGGCCCGGGUUCCCAGACAGAUGGGGCUCCGGGACAGAGGGCUCAACUCCAGCAGCAAGCCCAGACUUCAGCAACCAGACCAGGGCAGCCCGGUGCCACAACAACCACCGGCUCCCAGCAGCAACCCCAAGCCCAAGGACAAGGCAUGGGAAUGGGAAUGGGAAUGGGAAUGGGACAGGGCCAGGGCCAGGCCAAACCGGGGCAGAUGGGUCCAGCAGGUGGACCCAUGGGCCAAGCCAGGCAGACAGGUCCAACAGGAACCACAACAUCCACUAUUCCCAAGAUCGACACACCUCCAGCAACAGCUAUUGGAGCAAAAGCAGCACCUGUCUUGGCCUCAAAGACUGCCCAGCCCCCACUCACAGGCAUAGGCUCCAAAGCUGCUCCUAGACCUGGUGGUAUUGGCAGUGCUGCAGCAGGUCAACCGGGCAUGGAAGGAGAAGGCAUGUUUUCCAAGAUCCUGCCUGGAGGAGCCGCCGAGCAGGCCGGCAAACUGGGAGAAGCAAUCUCUGGUUUUGGCAAGAAGUUCACCUCUUUCUUCUGAGGUGCUAAGAUUAAGGACUAUUCAAACAGCCAUGAGGCCUCAUACCAGAAAAACCUGUUGCAUUCCCCCUGCUUUUAUUUUACUAAAAGAGAGAGAGAAAGGAGAGAGAGAGAGCGGGGAACAGAGAGGAGAGCUGAGCAAACUGCCAACAAGGACUGAAAUCCACUGGAUGCUUCAUGUUACCAGUUUGAGCACACACUGGAAGAGAGAACGCACCGCUCUCUCUGACAGGCCAGACAAUAAAGUCCAAGCCAGAAUCCAUCUUCUGAAAGAGUCUCUUCAUCCAUCCGGCAGUCCCAGCCAAAGAAGCAGAUGUGAAUAUUGCAGAGUCCUUGAACCAACCAACCCACAGUACUUCCAAAUCCAAAAGUCUAAAAUUGGUCUUUGCUUUUGGUUUUCCUUGGAGAUCUCCACAGCUGAGGGAGACAAGUGGAACCAACUCAGGCCCUCCAUGUAGAUUUAACACCAGUGGACGGAAAUAUGGUUGGUGUAUAUAGGUGAUGCAGUUCUGUUGUCAUGGGCUGAUGUUCAUUCCCGCUAACAGCAUAUAGGAAAUGCUGGCUUUACCAAGCUGGUGGCAUGCAGGAAUCCUUGCAUUCACAGUCCUUUGCUAAAACAAGGAAAAGUAUAAACCAAACUCCCCUCUCUCCUCUUUUCCGUCUCUUUUCGAAGUAAAGAAAGCGUGGGGCAAACGGAUUAAACCGUUGGAGAACUGCAGGUUUUUCUGGUACUAAAGACUUCUUGUUCGCUGACAAAAUGAAGAAACAGAAACGUCUCUCUGAAUGAAUAAGACGAUGACAAUGACGUGGCCGACACAGAGGGAGCGUGUUGGCAUGCAUUUCUUUCCACGGUUUGCUCUGUUUUUAUCUACAUUCCAGAUCGGAACUGUUCCCUCUUCCUCACCUCUCUGCAUUUCUUGAAUGCUAAUUCUUCUUUCUUUCCAGUCCCCGUCAAACGAUCCACAACUCGCCAUGUCUUUAAAGAAGUGGAUUUAAAAAAAAGAAAAAAAAGAAAGGAAAAUGUAGAAAUUUGGAAUGCAUGGAACUUUAUAUCCAAGACCUUACACUGUUCAUCGUUACUUAACAGAGGCCAUAAAGACACUGGAAACACAUCGACAUAAACAGUAACGAAAAAGAGAGAUUACUGAAGCAACACACAAGAAUCCGGCCACGGGAAUAAGAGGAGCAUUUACUUUUAUUGUGUUUUUGUUGUUGUUUGUUAUGUUCGGUAUGUAGAAUGAAGCUAUAAAUGGUUGGAUUUUAUUUAUUUAUUUUUUUAACCAGCCAUUGCAAAGCCAUUAAGACAAUAUUAGCCUGCAGUGCUUGUGGCAAUCUCCGCAAAAUUUGUUUCUCGGAUACUGCUCGCAUUGUCGUAGGUGGUUGUCACUUUUGUUGAUUUCUUUUGAUUUAUUUAGUUUUCUAAACUAUUUUUUUUAAUUUGCCUGGUUUUAUGUUGCAGGUUACCAGUAUCGCCUUAAUCAUUUUAAAAUGUUUUAUUUUCAGGUAACAGUGGCAUACUUUUUUAUGACAUCCUGUAAACACAUCAUCCGUCACAUCCUUUAGGUUUUUUUUAUGUAGUAACAUCAGCUGGAACACUGGCCACAGAGAGAUUAAUUUCUAUUUUUUAAAUUGACAUUGUUUUGAUAAUUUUUUGUGAUAUUAUUUUUCAUUUAUUUAUUUUCUAUUGUUUUUUUACCCCCUUCCAUUUGAUUUUUUCUGACUCUUUAUUUAUUGUGAAUAAUUAUAAAAGCAAUAGGGCAAGAGGCGAUGAAGUAAAGAGCACAAUCAUGUGUCAUUUCAAGAGUUGGUGGAAUAGAAAUGUGUUGCCUCCGUCUGUCUAACUUACCACCGAUGUCUGACUUAAAAGUACCGCAAAAUUCACUCUUUACACUGCUGUGCCAGAGAGCAGGAGUUUGCCUGAUCACCACAAGUCCGCCCAGAUCUUUCCCUCCGACCGGCAGUAACCUGUUUUGGAGUGUUACACUGCUACAUAAGCCAGAUGGAGUCUGAUCGAAAAGCACUGCAGGGCAGCACAGAGGCACUCGAAAAGCAGACCAGUCCACACACUGAGGCAGAGCUGAACUUGACGUCAUUUCCCGUCGGGAGUCAGGGGAAGGGGGAGUUGUUUGUGCCCGAGGACGAUUCUUCCGGCCACUUCAACGCUCCUUUUAGGGAGGCCGGAAAAGGCUCAUCCGAGCUCUUCGCACUCGAGUUUUUGUCAGCAUGCGCCUUCACUCUGUCAAAUGUGUAUAGUGCACAUGAAAGCACACUCUAAAUGGUGUCAAAAAGGGAAAAGAAUUGUGACUGAAGAACCAAAAAUUAACACACUUGGUUGUGUCACACAAAGUCACUUGCCUCCCCCCCACCACCUUUAACUUUCUAUUGUUGGUGGCAUCGACAACUCUACCCCCCUCCCCCCAAAAAAACCCUCUCUCUGAGACUGCCAGCUGUCAAGGAAUCUUCUCAGGUCAGUGUUCUCCCUGCUGUUGCUCCUGCAGUGUAUUGUGGGAUCUGUGGUAAGGUACUCAAAAUGUACUCUGUCAGGCCAAUCAUUGCGAGGCCCUCAGCAAAACUAAACGGAACCAACCAACUUCUGCUGUAUAUUGUCUGUGUGAACGCUCGCUGGGAACCUUCGCAUGCCUCCCGGCGCAGAAAACCUCAGUCACCUCUAUAUCGUUCUGUUCCUAAUGUUUGUACGUGUGUGCGGGUUCUGUAUGCGUGUAUUUAACAAACAUCAUCUAAUGUGGAGGGGAAAGGAACACAAAAAAACCCCUGAAAAAAAACAAGUCAACCAGAGUUUAAUCAAGACAAAUAUGGUGGGCAGAAGAGGCGACCUCUCAUCUCCAGUCGUUCUAUGCAAUGAAUCAUAUUUGGAAAAUCACAAGGAGGAAAAGGCAAGUGAAACACACAGAUGGGGGGGAAAAGUCACACGUGUUUUUUUUGCAUAUCACAUUUGUUUUGAUACCUGUAGUAGAUUAAUAUAAGAGGAUUCUGUGAAUUUGUGUAUGAAACUGGUUAAUUGUAAGGGAAAUCUGAAGAUGGAUCUUUCUCUUUUUUUCAUGUUAACCUAAAUGUUUGGGGUACCGUUCUGCAACCAAAGAUGUAUUCAUGGCAGCUGGGAAAUUACACCUGUGAUUUGAACAAAAUAUGCUGCUUGAUGAGUUAGAUGCAUCAGGCUGUUCUCUAUCAAAUGUUAGGCAAAGCUGAUGAAGUGUGCAAUUUCCUAUUUUUAUACAAAUAUGUGACUUUUCUUUUUUCCAGCCAAUCAGUAGCUCACAUAGAGAAGAGUCAAAACCUGCUUACCAAUGAACACAAACCAAAAAAUUAGCUGAAAUGGAAGGAGAGAGCAGCAGGUGCAGAUAUUUGAAAACUAUUUAGCAGGGACUCAAAAAUCCCGGUUGUCAUGAACGCAUCCAAGCAAUCCAGUUUUAUAAAGGAAAAAUAGAGAAUUAACAGAUUAUAAGAGACAGAUUAUGAUAUACUUAAAUAUAUUCCCUAAAAUGGUAAGUGUCUGCUCAGGGGUAAAGAAGAAAAGGUCUCCCUUUUUUAAUUUAAUAACCAGACCCAGAAUUCUUAUUAGCUAGCUACCUAAUGUGCAAUUGUAGUUUUGUUUUUUUCAGAUAAUGAAGCACCAAAAAUUAAAGGAUAUAGACAUAGCAAUUUAAAGUUCAGAUGUAUAAUUAUUACAAAACCUAUAGAUUAUAUUUAACAAAAGAAACUGCUGUAGGCUAUGAAGUUAAACACUAUUCAAAGCAUUCCUAAAUGAAUUUAAGCAGUGAAACAGGGGAGUUUGCGUAUGUGUGGGUGCGUGCGUGCAUGUGUGUGUGUGUGUGUCUUUGGUUUGCACUGGUAGCAGCUUAUUACAGCAAGUUAUAAAAGAAUCUAUUUAUUGAAAUCCAGAUUUAAAGAGUUGGUUUAUGCAGUAUCAAAGUAUCCCUUAACUAUAAAUUCCUUUGAAGUCUUAUUUGAGCAGCGCCUCACAAGAAGCUAGUAUAUGUAUAUAUUGUUUUUAUUUUCUGAAACAUUUAUUGUUUAUAGAUGAUUCGUCUAUGUAAGAGUUUAUUUUAUCAUACAGAGCGGGUAUAGAAAGCGAGCUGGCAUUAGGAAAAAGAGAGAUUUAGGUUUAAAAUUUAUAGAUAUAUCGAUGAGAAACUGUGUUUGUACAUAAGUCGCCUAUAUGUUUUUUCACCACGGUUCUUCAGCCUCACUCUAAGUUGCACAUUAAGUGUGUGUAAGCCAAACAGAAGAGAUCACGGAUACGCUGCCGUCGGAUCGGUGACUUCACCAAGAAAAGAUUCAGAUUAGGCUUCAACGAACAAUAUGAGAGAGAGUUUAACGUUACCCAAGUUAAUACCAACUUCCACUAUUGUACAGUAUGUCGUAUGUUUUUGGAAGUUUGUUUAAAAAAAAAGAAAAGAAAGCAAAAAAAAAUCAAAUAAAAUGUAGAAUAAAACAAUCCUCAAUCACUUUUGCCUCAGGAAAGCACACAUUAAAGGCAGCAUCGCAACGGAGAUGUUCAGAAGACAACAGAUAAUAAUGGGUGUGUUUGUGCAGGCGCAGUGAAAGCAGAUCGCUUACGACACCGGUGAAAUCGUGGCUGCUGCCGGUCAGAGGGAGUCUGUAAUAUUUGGAGCACAUAAAUCCCAGGAACUGUGAAAACGUGUUCGUGGCGGUUUCUUUUUUCUUUUUCUUCUUUUUUUUGCUCCAGCCGCUGAAGGUGACUUAAAUAUGCAUAGCAGCAAGGGCUUUUAUACUAAUAUACUGGUCAUUGAAGAAAGCCAUCCUGUUACUGCCCUCUAGCCAGUCGUGGUCUCUGUCUAUACUCUGCGUGGUGUGCGUCUAUAACCAGGAAUGCAAUGGACUUCUGUUCAGACCACAGCAAUCACCAGUGGGCAAAAAUAACCAAGCCACAGCUGGGUUUUUCAAUGGCGUUUGAAGCACAAAUGUAAACAAUAUUAGAGAUAGAUAAAACUCUGAGGGGUUGUGUUCCAAACUGUGAAUGAAAUCUGCUGUAGGGACUUCCUCCAAACAGAAAAAUGUGGAGUUUUUCCUCAAUGCCAGGAGCAGGAAUGUUAUUUCAAAUGACCGUUUGGAACAAAACUCUAGUAGUUGGAUAGAGAACUCUGGCAGAUUUACAGACGUGAAGCUAAACGAGAGGUUUCUUCCACCACAUCUGCGACAUGUCUUUGAAUCUGAAACGUCUCAGCAAUAAAGCUGCUUUUAUGCACAGUCAGACAAUCUGGACCUUUAACCCUUUGUGACAUUGAUCUGUAUCUGAAUUGGGCGUGAAUGUACUUGCUGUAACUACAAAUCUUUUAUCUUAACGACAGAGUGCCACAUAGAGUUAUAGACACAGUGUCUCUGUUUGAGCUGUCUUUAAAUGCAGCUUAAAAUGCUUUUGGGAAAUCCAGACUGUGUGUGUGUGUGUGCGUGCGUUCCCGCCGGUGUGUGCUCUCAACCAAAAAAGGUAGCAUGCAGUGCUUGUACAGAGCAUAGUGUAGUAACAGUCACCACUGGUCUUGCUGUUGGUCAUGAAGACAGUGAGCGUAUAGUAGGACCCUAGAUCGAUUUUAAAACACAAAUAUAUAUAUAAAAUGUAUAGUGUGUGUAAAUGUCUCAUGGGUGAGAGACUGUAAAAGAAGCUAAAUGCCGAAACAAAUGAAACCACGAGAGAAAAGUCCAUCUUUCACUGUAAAACCAUCAGGGAUCAUUUAUUAUCACCUUUUACCUGUAUGAAUCAUUAAAGUUAAAAAAAAAAAAAAGGACAAGUGCAUGACCUGGACACCUGCCCUAACCUGACCUAACUACUCCCCUCCCACCCCCUUUUGACCAUACGAACCCCUUCGACCUUUGACCUCCCACUUCACGGGUUGCCAUGUCGUGUUUUUUUUCCAGUGUAAAUAUCACACGAGAACCGGCUAGAGUCCGCUUCGAAACAGACACCAACAACAUGUAAAUGCCAUGUAAAUCUCAAACAUACACACACACGCACGCACGAGAGGCACGAGAGAGGCGUUUGCACACCAAAAACGGCAACACAAGCUGGAGCGUAUGCAAGCCGGAAACUCCCUGCCCAGACUCGUGCUACAUGUGUAUAAAAGCAACGAGAGAACAUAACGAACAAGAUCAGAUGUUGAUUUGAUCAAUAAAACGACAAAAUGCAUCGUUGUGCGUAUGUGGCUGGCUCGUGCGGACUGUUUAAAACUCAUUUUAAAAAAAAAGUUGUAUUCGGAUAUGAGAAAAAAUAAACAUAUUGGUCUGUGUAGAGUUUCUAUACAUGUCGUGUUUGUAAAAUGAGAACAUCAAAAUCAAAAAAGGGAAAAAUAUCCUGGCUUCCAUGUGACUUUUGGGGUGGGUGGGGGGAUUUUAUGGAGAUGGAGAGAGGGUGAAGUGGACAUUGGAAAUGUGUGUGUAAAAAAAACUAAAAUAAUUAUAAAAUAAUGCAAUUGAAUGAAGUAAAAGGUUGAAAAUAAAAUACAGAAAAAGGUGGAGAGCCUAAAAAUGAGUACAAAGUGUUCCAUUCACUGUUGUAAGUGCAAUGAGCUAAACUUCCUGUUUCCCCAUUGUAAAACCUUGUGUAUGUUUCCGUGUAUUCCUCCUGUAAAUGGGUGUAGUAGACCUGGUGCAUCAUGCCAUGUAAUGUGAUGAAUGACAAAUUAUGACCUUACAAUACAUUUCAAUCAGGAAAUAUAAAUAAAAAAAACAAAAACAAAUACAUUAAAAAUGUGU